GCCUGGGCGGGGGGCGGGGCCGGGCAGCGGGGGCGACCAGGCGGAAGCGGCCGGGCGGAAGCGGAAGUUGCCGGGGCUGGCGGGCGGAGAGAGGAUGUUGGACUUUGCCUUGCCAGCCUGCUGUUGCCAUGGGUAUACCAGUCUUCAUACUCGCUGGUCUCCUUGUGCAUUUUGUGUUCUUGGUCUCCAUUUUUGACAUCUACUUCAGCUCUCCCCUGGUUCAUGGUAUGACUCCUCAGCAGACUCCACUGCCACCUCCAGCAAAACGUCUCGUACUCUUUGUUGCUGAUGGACUGCGGGCAGAUUCACUGUAUGAAUUGAACAGCAACAAUACAUCCCAAGCACCUUACUUGCGGAGUAUUCUAGAGAAUAAUGGCAGCUGGGGAAUCUCUCACACCCGGGUCCCAACAGAAUCCAGGCCAGGGCACGUUGCACUUAUAGCUGGAUUUUAUGAAGAUGUCAGUGCAGUUGCUAAAGGAUGGAAGGAGAAUCCAGUGGAAUUUGACUCCAUUCUCAAUGAAAGUAAAUAUACUUGGAGCUGGGGAAGCCCAGAUAUUUUGCCAAUGUUUGCAAAAGGUGCUACUGGAGAUCAUGUUUAUACAUUUUGUUACGCAGCAGAAAGUGAAGACUUUGGAGCACAAGAUGCAGCCAAGCUUGACACGUGGGUUUUUGAUCAUGUUAAGAGCUUCUUUAAUUCUUCCAGAAGUAAUCAAACAUUGUUCUCUGCACUGAAUGAAGAGAAGGUGGUUCUGUUCCUGCAUUUGCUAGGCAUAGACACAAAUGGACAUGCUCAUCGGCCAAACUCAAGGGAGUACAAGGAGAAUAUUAAAAUAGUUGACGAGGGUGUGAAAGAAAUUGCUUCGAUGAUUGACAAUUUCUAUGGAAAUGAUGGAAAAACUGCAUUUAUUUUAACUUCUGACCAUGGAAUGACAGAUUGGGGAUCCCAUGGAGCUGGUCAUCCCUCAGAAACUUUAACACCACUGAUUGUUUGGGGUGCUGGCGUGAAUUAUCCACAGAAAGUCACAUCCCAGUUCUUUGAAGACAAUUUUUUGAAAGAAUGGAAACUGGAGAACUUGAAGAGGCUGGAUGUCAAUCAGGCUGAUGUGGCACCGCUGAUGGCUUCCCUUAUUGGUGUGCCUUUCCCCAUGAAUUCUGUGGGAACUCUGCCUCUGGAAUAUCUGAACAAUAGUGCUCAUUUCAAAGCAGAGAGCAUGUUUACCAACGCUGUUCAGAUUCUUGAGCAGUUUAAGGUUAAGAUGAGUCAGAAAAAGGAAACUACACUGUCAUUUCUGUUCACACCAUUCAAACCACUUUCUGAUUCUGAACAGAUCAACUUUUUAAAGAAAACGAGACUAUAUAUUCAGCAACAGAAGUACGAUGAAGCGGUAUCUCUGUGCAAAACCCUGAUUAACCUUGCUUUGGAAGGCUUGUCUUAUUACCAUACUUACGAUAGAUUAUUCCUGGGUCUAAGUAUUGCAGUGGGUUUUGUGGGCUGGACAACUUACGUGAUUUUGGUCAUUAUCAAGACCCACACCAAUUUGACCAAGACUGUCCAGGCUAAUAACAAGGAAUCUACUGUUCUCUUCUACGGUUUUGCCUGUGUUGGAAUGAUAAUAGCUUUUUUCCUGUUGAUUCAAACAAGUCCUUGGACAUACUACGUAUACUGUCUCUUGCCAGUACCAGUAUGGUAUGCAGUUGUGAGAGAACUUCCGGUUAUUCAAGACCUUGCCACGAAUCUCUUGUCACUUCAUCUCGGUCAGUCUAUAGGAUUUCUCUUGGUUUGUACGCUGGGAAUUGAAAUACUAGUCUUCAGCUUUUUCUACCGCUCUACACUUACUGUUGGUCUUCUCGUCUUUGCUGGCUGGCCAGUAAUCACACAGCUGUGUGUUCAAGCAAAGACAAGAGCAUUGAUCUGGACUCUUCUGUGUGUGCUCCUGGCAAUAUUUCCUUUAAUGCCUGUUGUAGGAAGAGAACCAAACAUUCCUAUGGUAAUAGGAACUGGUUUGCUGACUCUCUUGAUCUCUUGCUUCUCAUUGGUAUCUCUUUGUAAAAACGAAAAUAAGUACAGAAAUAACGAAGAUCUGAAAGUACAUUUUUACCAGAUGUUGAGUAUUGCACUUUCAACAUAUGUUGUGAGCAGUACCCAUGAGAGUCUUAAGAACAAACAGGGAUUGCCUGUAUUGAAUCAAAUUAUUAGCUGGAUGACUCUAGUUUCUUCCUCGGUGUUGCCGUUGCUGAGCCCCACAUUUCUCUUUCAGAGACUGUUCAGCAUAUUGCUCUCCCUGAUGUCCACCUACCUGCUCCUCAGCACAGGGUAUGAAGCUCUGUUUCCACUGGUGCUGUCUGGUUUGAUGUUUGUGUGGAUAACUAUGGAGCAAGAAGCACUGCAGCACUAUGGUCUUUCACUCAAACCAAAGCUUGCUGGUUUCAACUUCGCCUAUGCUACUGAUAUAACUCAGUUUCGACAGCUCCACCUAGAUGACAUCCGCAGGUCUUUCUUCUUUGUUUUCUUCAUAGUGACAGCCUUUUUUGGCACCGGAAACAUAGCUUCUGUUAACAGUUUUGAUCCUGCUUCUGUCUAUUGUUUCUUGACUGUGUUCAGUCCCUUUAUGAUGGGAGGCUUGCUUGUGCUGAAGGUUGUAAUCCCAUUUGUUCUGGUAUCAUGUGCUUUCGAAGCUGUUCAAGUCACAACACAACUGUCUUCUAAGAGCCUUUUCCUCAUUGUUCUUGUAAUUUCAGACAUUAUGGCUUUGCAUUUUUUCUUUUUGGUUAAAGAUUAUGGAAGCUGGCUGGAUAUUGGAACAAGCAUUAGCCACUAUGUGCUGGUGAUGUCGUUGACCAUAUUUAUGAUGCUGAUGAAUGGACUGGCCCAGCUGCUAACUACACAGAGACUUGAACUUCCCAGAAGGACUAAGCACCAUUCCACGUGAUAAAGUGAUAAAUGUGUCUGCCUUGUUCCCAUCCUCAGGCUUCCUGUGAACCAACCUCCACCUCUGGAAUGUAAAUAUAAGUUAAAGGACUAGAGUGCCAAAAUCCCAUCCAGGGAUCAGAGUGCUCUGCUGAUACAGAUUAAAUGCUGUCCCAUGAUUGAAAUUUGCAUUUGGAGAUUGCCAUUUAGACAUCAGUGGGGCUAAAAAAGCCUCAGCUUUAUUCUCCAAGUGUAUGUAUUUCCUGAAAAUAAAAACAGCAACAAAAUUCUUUUUAAAAGAAA